CGGGAUCCUUCGCCCGGGCUGCCUCCGCGCCUCCCUCGCCUUCUUAAUCCGGAGCCCCGCGGGCUGCUGCUGCUGCCGCCGAUCGGGGGUUGGGAACGACGCGAUGCCGGCGCCCUACACGCGGAUCGUGGGCCGUGGAGCCUUCUUGCUUCGGAGAUGGUCUGCUGUGCCGGUGCGUUGGGCCCACACGCCACGUGUACUCCACGGCGACUUGGCCAAACUCUCCAGCCGGGCUCAGGAGUUUGUCGAGCAAGGGGUGCGACUCUGCCAGCCGGACAGCCUCCACAUCUGCGAUGGGACGGAAAAGGAGAACACCAAAAUCUUGAAUUUCCUAGAAUCGGAAGGCAUCAUCAAGCCGUUGACAAAAUACGAGAACUGCUGGUUGGCGAAAACUGACCCGAAGGAUGUCGCUAGGGUGGAGAGCCGGACGGUUAUCGUCACGGAGGACCAGAGAGACACGAUUCCUGUCACAGCUCCGGGGGUCAAGGGUCAGCUGGGCAACUGGAUGAACCCCAAAACCUUUCAAGAGGCAGUGGACGAUCGGUUCCCUGGUUGCAUGAAAGGGCGCACCAUGUAUGUCAUCCCCUACAGCAUGGGCCCACUUGGUUCGCCACUGUCCAAAAUCGGAAUCCAGCUCACAGAUUCGGCCUACGUGGUCGCCAGCAUGCGAAUCAUGACGCGAAUGGGGGCGGCGGCCCUCCGCACGCUCGGGGACGGGGAGUUCGUCAAAUGCCUGCAUUCGGUGGGGCGGCCCUUGCCCCUUACUGAAGACCUCGUGAACAACUGGCCUUGCAAUCCGGAGAAGACCUUAAUCGCCCACGUGCCGAACCGCCGAGAGAUCGUGUCUUUUGGCAGCGGCUACGGGGGCAACUCCCUGCUGGGUAAAAAAUGCUUUGCCCUCCGGAUCGCUUCUUGCAUCGCCAAGGACGAAGGCUGGCUCGCCGAGCACAUGCUGAUUCUGGGACUCACCAACCCAGAAGGAAAGAAGAAAUAUGUGGCGGCCGCCUUUCCAAGUGCAUGCGGAAAGACCAAUUUAGCCAUGAUGAAUCCGACCUUGCCGGGCUGGCGCGUGGAAUGCGUUGGGGACGAUAUUGCCUGGAUGAAGUUUGACAGCGAAGGUUGCCUGCGUGCCAUCAACCCUGAGAAUGGCUUUUUCGGAGUAGCCCCAGGAACAUCCACUCGGACCAACCCGAAUGCCAUGCACACCAUCCAACGUAACACCAUCUUCACCAACGUGGCCGAGACCAGCGAAGGCGGUGUCUACUGGGAGGGCAUCGAUCAGAGGAUUCCGGAAGGGGUCACCAUCAGCACCUGGCAAGGAAAACCUUGGAAACCAGGGGACCCACAACCUGCUGCUCAUCCAAAUUCCCGCUUUUGUGCCCCAGCUCGGCAGUGUCCCAUUAUGGAUCCGGAUUGGGAAUCCCCCCAAGGGGUCCCCAUCGAAGCCAUCAUCUUUGGGGGCAGGAGACCGGCAGGGGUGCCUUUGGUGUACGAGGCCUUCAACUGGCGCCACGGGGUCUUCGUGGGCAGCGCCAUGCGGUCGGAGUCCACGGCGGCGGCUGAGCACAAAGGCAAGGUCAUCAUGCACGAUCCGUUCGCCAUGCGUCCGUUCUUCGGCUACAACUUCGGCCGCUACCUGGAGCACUGGUUGGGCAUGGAAGAGCGGAAGGGCGCCCGCCUUCCCAAGAUUUUCCACGUCAAUUGGUUCCGGAAAGAUGCCGCCGGGAACUUCCUGUGGCCAGGCUUCGGGGAGAAUUCCCGAGUCCUGGACUGGAUCUUCCGCCGCGUGGACGGAGAAGAAAGCGCGAAGGAGACGCCCAUCGGGUAUGUCCCCAAGGAAGGUGCCUUAGACCUCUCAGGCCUAAGCCAGGUGAGCUACUCGGAGCUCUUCUCGCUGCCCAAGGAAUUCUGGGAACAAGAGGUCCGAGAAGUGAGACAAUACCUGACGGAACAAGUGCCUGAGGAUUUACCCAAGGAAGUCUUGAAACAACUGGAAGCCUUGGAGACCCGGGUGAAGAAAAUGUGAGGAACCUCAACCGUAGAAGACGUCCCACAAAAGACCAAAGAUUCUUCCCCUGUUUUUCGGAGCGGGGGCGGAGGGGGGGGGCGGGAAGAGGAGAUAUCAGGGGCCUUGUUUACACAAAUAUCCAUUCCUCUUUUCUUACCAGCUAAGCCGCUUUAGUCUCAUAUCACGUUUCCAGGGUCAGCUUGAGGGCCACCCAACGUUCUUCGGCCUCGCGUGCCUUCUUUGACACCGGAGUCACCUUGCUUUGAUACCUCUGUUUCGCUUCCUUCGGGGUCCGUGGCGGUCCUUCUUUCCAGCUCUGGGGAAAUGGGAUUGUGGGGGAGGCGGGGGGGGGGCUUUCAUUUUACGACAUCAUAAUGGAUGGUGUGGUGCCUUCUGAGAAAUUUAUUCUUCUCCGCGCUUCUUCUCCGUAGCUGCUCCAGAGAGGCUUUGGGGUCUUUGGCCAGCUUUAUUUUUCAUUAAAAACAAACAAACAAACUUGGGAGAGAGGGAAUAAGGAAAAAUGGGGUGGGGGAGACAUUUAAAAUGAACGCAGAAGGUAAUUGCAAGAUUUAUCUCCCAUGCUUAUAUUUCUGGAGGCAGAAACAGAGUUACGCAUGAGACCUGCUCAGGCUUAUUGCCAUCAGGGCAACCGUUCCAUUGAAACACAGCACAAAAUAACAGUUGGAAGGGAACUUGGAGGUCUUCUAGUCCAGCCCCCUGCACGGAAAGCAUGAAAUCCUUUUACCAUUUCAGACAAACGAUUGUCCCAGUCUCUUCUUUAAAAUCUCUCUGUCGGAGCAGCCGCAACUUCCGGGGGCAAGGAGUUCCACGGGCUAAUUGUUCUCACUGCCAGAAAAUUUCUCUUUAGUUCUAAGUUGCUUCUCUCCUUGAUUAGUUUCCAUCCGCUGCUUCUUGUCCUGCCUUCAGGGGCUUUGGAGAAUAGCUUGACUCCCUCUUCUUUGGGGCAUCCCCUCAGAUAUUGAACACUGCUAUCACGUCACCCCUAAUCUGAGCAACAUUAACCCCGGAUUGCCCAGCUCUUAAGCAAACCAGAAUUGUGCGGUUAUGUGUCGGAGUUUUCUUUCUAUUAAUUAAAAAUAAAACAGUCCGGAUCCAUUUGUAUUUUCAAUCCUGUCUCACAGUACUGCAGCUUUCCUACCAACUUUAGAAAAUUUGUCCGUGUUUUAAAACAUGGGAGGGCACAAAUUUUGAUUUUUAUAAGACCGAUAAAAAUUGUCAGUGGGAAGAGUGGUGAGCCCAAAGACAAAAGUCUAGAGAAAUUACAUGAUUUGCUAACCAAGUCUUGCGAAGUGGACCUAGAAUAAUAAAAGAUGAAUAAUUUUUCUACUUUCAAACAAGCUAAAUUCACAUUGGCUUGAGGAGUAUCAAUAAUGUUGUCGAAAUGUUUAACUUGUCCAUCCCUCUUGACGAGAAUGCAACUUGGGUGCUAUGACUCUUUCAUCAAGUGUGGCCUUAGAGUAAAAAGCUACCUUGUAGGAUUGUUGUGAGGACUAAUAAGAUAGGGAGUAAGAUAACGCCAUUAUUACCAUCCUUGGAUGGGAUUCGGAUCAGGGUGAGGGAUUGGUGCCUUUUAAUAUUGCAUUUCUAUGGAAAUCAUGGGAAUCCUGUUUAGAUCAAGUUUUUCAAACAUGGAUGCUUCAAGAUUUGUGGAGUUCAAUUCCCAGAAUUCCCCAGUCAACAUGGCUGACUGAGGAAUUCUGGAAGUUGAAGUCCAAACAUCUUAAAGCAUCCAUGUUUGAAAGGCACUAGUUUAAAUUGCAUUGUUUUCAUGACAUCACAACAAUGCAAGCAAUAGCCAAUGAAGAAGUUUUAGCCUAAUGAAUAUGUUAAAUCCAGUGAGGGGAAUAAAUUAUAAAGUGUGCAUGCUCCUUAAACGCUAAAAUGAUGGGCCUGUUACACUUAAUCAGCUGAGAAUGUUAACAGGUAGCUAUUACAUGGAGCCUUUAAUUGGCGCUCCAUGUAAAAGUCAAUUUUCUUCUUACUUGUCUACAUUCCUUGUCUUUCUAGAUUCCAUAUAACGGGUUUAUAUGUCUUGCCUUUUUAAAAUUGCCAAUAAUGUGCUGUAUUUUACCAUUGUGAUGAGAAGGACACACUGCCAAAGAGACAAGAAAAGGCCAAGAAAAAUAAAAAUGGUCAAUAUUUUUGGGUAGGGUUGUUACGACAGCAUUUUGACCAGAAACAAGACAGCAUCUGCAAA